UUCUUAAGUUACGAUAUUCAAUCAUUUAGCUAUAAACCAGCAAUGGCAACGUAGAUGUUGGGUGCGAAGGAACUGUGUGGUGCGGAGUGAGUGAUGGGAUGAGUGACACAUUUUCUGUUAAUUACUGUGCUAUUUAUAUAAAUUUCUUUGGAUAUGUCAAAUACUAGCCUUGAGAUUAUUCACGAAGGCUGGUUGACGAAAUCACCACCAUCCAAGCCAAUCUGGAGAGCGCGGUGGAGGCGCAGGUGGUUUGUGCUGCGCCAUUCGGGUGAACUACCUGGUCAGUAUUUCCUCGAGUACUACACGGACCGAAACUGCAGAAAACUCAAAGGCAAAAUCGAUUUGGACCAGUGUGAGCAGGUUGACGCUGGUCUGAGGUUUGAGAAUCGCAAGCAGAAAUACCAGCACAUGUUUGAUGUGAAGACGCCAAAACGAGUUUACUACUUGGUGGCGGAGUCCGAGGAUGACAUGAACAAAUGGGUUGAAUAUGUUUGUCACGUAUGUGGACUCAAAGCAUACAAAGAUGAGGACGAAUAUGAUUAUGUCCCUCCUACCGAGGAUGAGGAGACUCCGGCAACGUCAGAAUCGCUACCAAAUGAGAAGCAAGAUCCAGUAUUAGGUCCAGUGACAGAAUCCCCACCAGUCUCUCCCACAAGCACAAUUUCAGGUCCAUACAUUCCAAUCAGCGAGUGUAUUUCUGGAAAGUCUCUCUCCAGUCCGAAUGGUUUAGAAGACUUCAAUAAUAUACUUCGACAAGCAGGAUAUGGUAUUUCUGCAACUACGCAAUAUGGCCUGACAGUUAACAGAGACAGACAGACGACAUGGCAAAAACAUAAUCAGUGUUCAGAGGACGAGCAUCAAGGAUCAGCAAGUUUCAUUGGUACGGGUGAAACAGGUGCUGUGUCACAAGUUAGAACGCCAGUCUUGCCAGCUAAAAGACCCCCCAAGCCAUUUGAUGGUACUGUAGCUUCAGAGAAUGUGGCAUUUUAUGAUUCCCCUCGUAAACUUCAUCCUCCCAACUUGGAACUGCGGCAUGUUACCGGAACUCCACCUUUACACAGCCCUGCAACAGAUGGUGAGAGUGUAUUUACGGAUGAAGAAUGGACUGUACCAUUGCAUUAUCCACCGUCUGUCAACUGGGAGACAUUUCCAGAGGGCGAAAGUAUUCGCCAGACGAAAGCUUCAGACAGUUCAGCAGAAAUGGACAUGGGGAGUAGAGGAGAUAUUGGGUCUUGGAGUGUUGUGAAACGUUUUGGGAAGCUUACAGUAGUGGAUAGUGUCAAUAUUCCACGUGAUGGACCCAUUGGUGUCCAUGGUAGGCAGUUGAGCCUUCCAACAAACUUGCAACAUCAACCAGUUGCCCCUCCUCGACCGCCUAAACCCUUCCACUUGCUUCUAGAAGCUCCAAGUCAUAACUACCUUAACCUAGAAAAUGUAUCCCCACAGUCACGACACAACAGAAACAUCAGGAAAGCAAGUGUUGCUUCCCUCUCAUCUGACACCGCAAAGAGGACAGGAGCUCCGGGAUCUCCUAACGACUGUGUGAGUGCUUCAGAUGGGAACGAGGAGCCUCCAUCUCCUCUCUCUCCACCUCAGUGUACUGAAAUCGUGGGUGUAAGUGACGAGAUGUAUGAUUUUCCAAGGUCACAUCAGUAUGCCAACAAUCCUUCGAGUACUUCAUCUGCGGACUGCGCGGACGGAAAAGUACCCAUAGGAGCUCGCCAUUGUUACACUAAUGCAGCACCCAGCAACAUUAACGGGGAAGUGUUCCGUUACGAUUUCCACCACAGUGACCCUCCGCUGUCGGCUCUCCAAGAGGGAGCCACUACCCUUGAGGAACCUAUAUCGCCCCAUUCUGAUGGUUCAAGUUCUCUGGCCUCAUCUUCAACUGCAGCUGUCUAUUCCAAUUUACCUAGUCCACUCAUAACCCAGGGCGUACAAAGUGGGACAGAUAUUGGGCAUGGUAGUAUUCCUACCCCACCAGCUGUAAAUCGUGAGCUCAAACCAGGCCGUAAACUGUCCGACUCAGCAUCUCUGGUCUCAAAUGAACCAUCUCCUGUGAGUCUGAGUCCAGCUGCACAUUUCAUAUCAGGUCAUCUUCCACCAAGUGUAGAUCGAAAAUUAAAACCACAAUUAAAGGUACCUGAGCAAGAACCGUUACCCUUGGCUGCUCCACCAGCUUGUCGGUCAGGUUCGGAAAACAAUCGCAGCUUAAAGAAAUCCAGAGCGGCACCAAGUCCAACUCCACCUUCAUCUGCAAUGACAACGUUACGCAAUGGGCAGAGGCAGCGCUCCGAACACAACUCUAGCUCAGAUGACGAUCACAGGAACUCACCAGAUGAACCAAUAUACUACUACCAACAUGACGAUAAAUUUAUACCAGUAACCAGGUUUCAGGAAUUACAAUACUUGGACUUGGAUCUCGAGUGGGACGCAACAAGUGCAACAUCAUCAACAACUCAGAUCCCCAAAUCACCUGAACGUGUACAGUCAACAAGCACCGUAUACAAAACCGUGGACUUUGUUAAGACGGAGGCGUUUAACAGAACUAGACAGGAAGUCGAAGAAGUUCGGAAACAGUGUUCAGCUGCUGACCUCUGACCUCACUAUGGUUUAGUUCCCUUGUAAUGCCGUGUCUGUGUCCAGCUUCCUGCUAUAGGAGAGGUCAGUGAAAUUGAAUGAAACAUGAGGUCACUAGUUAUGUGAUGCCAUUUUGUUAGUGAGGUUUAUGCAGAUAACUGUUGUUAACAGUUCAUAAACCUUCUGUGCUUCAUACCCCCUGAAACAUUGACUGAGUCAGGGGAACAAAAACAUUGCUUACAGACUUGAGUUCAAAUUAGUUUAAAGACUAUUUUUACUUACUGCCCUAGAGUAUUCAGGAUGGGAGAAUAAUUAUUUAAGAAGUACUUCCAGUUUUUGGCAUUAAUAUGUCGCAUAUUUCCUUCUUUUUUCAAUUAUGAUUCUUUUUAAGGAAUCCUGUGGGGAGGGGGGCAGACGUCUUCAUUCCCCACCACUCUCCAUGCCAUGAGGUAGUUAAAUGUCUGCAAUACCCUAAAUUUUAAUUCUGGAUUGAAGGUUAUGAGUGUUUCAUUUUACAUUAAGUGUUUAUCAGUACAAGCAGUGAAGCCGCUGGCUUCCCACCACAGUGAUCCAGGUUCAAACCCACACCAGGUCAUGUGGGAUCAUGUGGUUAACAAAGUGGCACUGGGGUAGGUUUUCUCUGAGUACUUCAGUUUCCUCUGCCUGUUCUCAUUCCACUGACUGCUCCUUACUAGUCUUUGGUACAAUAGGCGCAUUAGUGGCCAGCAUACCUAGUGCACUUAGUCUGACCCCACCCUGUGUAUUAAGAAAUCGUCCUGUCAGUAACCCCCGUACUCUGGGGGAGGGGGCAGGCAGGAUUAUUGGUUACAGUUACAUUGUAUGUUCUUAGACCUGGCCAUUGUCAACAGAAUUUGACAUGGAUCUGAUCAGGUCCACUAACUGAGAUAAGGAUUUUAAGGUGUGGGGGAUAUAUAACAGUCUUAGUUACUGUGUGUCACCCCCUACCUCCCCGUCCCCCACAGUGCAGCUGCAGACACUGCCCUGCUACUUUCUUGCUUCUCACACAACCCAGAGGCGUGGCCUGUACCUUCCUUAGGACUAUGUUCAGCUCUGCUCAGAGUUCACUUGUACUAAGAUCACGGUAACCCUGGGUAGGGGUUCUUACCAGGCAAGGGGUACAUUUUUAUGCUACAGGUCCUGCCUGUAGUGUGGCUCUGUCGAGCUGCAUUCCCCAUGUGUUACCCACACAAAGUAACCAUAUAUGCUGAAACCUGUAUUUAAGAUUCCUUUGGCAAGCAGUGGAUGUGAACACUAAACUGAGGCAGGGACAAUGGACAUUGAGGGAAAACUGAUGAAUAUUAAACGGAGAUUUUGCUGUAUCAUUGUUUACUGUUCACCAGAUCCUAAAUUGUCGUAUCCAAGUGUUAUGAUUAAAAUAUCUAUAAUAAAAUGCAAAUUACAUAAUUAUGAAUGUCGAAGAGGAAUAUAUUUUUCAUUAUGAUUUACAUUAUGUAUUGAAAUCUGUGAGGCUGCAUAGGGCUGGAUAUUAUUAACUGGGGUAGGGAGAGAGAGAGAGAGAAAGAAUAUAUUCAGAAUCCUUGUAGAGGAACCUCUCUGAAAACAGCAACAUUGAAUGCUAAGGAUAACAUUAAGAUUUGUCAAGGUGAUAAGCUGUGUCAGUUCAGAGAGGAAAUUACCUGAGAUCAGUUUAGAACCACCCUAAGCCUGAAGGCUUAUUGAAUGUAGAGAAAUAGGUUAUGAGGCAGGAAGAUGAACUGGCUGAAGUUGCCUUUGGUAUUAGCAGUAUCAAACCACCAAGGAGUCGAGUUCAGUCCUAGUAUGGAACUGGAGAGUGAUACGUCUUCCAGUCAGAGGUUUCAGUUUUCCUAAAAUUGUAUUUGCCAGUACCUGACACUUGCUUUUAACCUCAAGGUCAGAACAUUUCAAUAUACUGGCAGGUAUGCGACUUCUGACAGAUUUAGCAGUACAUGCCUGUCCUUUGCUGGUAUGUGUGUACCAGCAGAAAAGCCUUCCUGCCAACUAUCCCAAAUAACAGAAUACGAAUGAAAUGGCAUCCUGUUAUUGAAUUGCAGCUUCCUAUCACGCUGUACACCUGUUUCGAAGAAGUGAUCAAUAAAACUGUUCAUCACGUUAUAAAUCUAAAUAUACUUUUAAAUUAACAGAUAUAGUAUAAGUAGUUAAACUUUGUUUUUAUACAAGUUGAUAUGCACACAUUGGUGGUGUAAUUUUACUAUGAAGUAUGGUGUUAUGUGAGAUACUGUACUGUAUAUGUUUUGCAGACACAGAUUCUGAAUGCUUUAGGUUUGAGGUUCCCAUAAAAAUGACUGAAGGUUGCUGUCUUCUGGGAUGUAACACCUCUUAUUCUUAUGGAUAGUUAACGACAUCUUGAAUACCUUCUGCCAUAAGAAAAGCCAAGCAUGGGAACAUGUUGCAGGUGGAGGAAAAGAUAGGACCAGAGGUCUGAGCAAAACUUAUUUAUGCAGUACUUUGUUUUCCCCAUGCAUGGCUUACUGUUUUGACGUAAAGAUGAAGUUACAUGCUCUUCAGAAACAACAGUAAUGAUCCACAACACUACACACUGUCACAUUGCAGAAGAUGGUAAUGUUCAUUCAAGGAAAGUGCUUUCUGAUGUCUAUGUAAGGAAAUUAUCAAUGCUGUUACAGUCAACUCAUGAUUAUCUGCAUGUGGAUAUAACAGGGCCACUUCUAGAACCUUUUGGUUUGUUCAAGUUGGUUAAUUAAAUACACUGUCAGUAUCAAAGACUAUAUAACGCUAAUCCUAGGUAUUGACUGGGGGCAUGCGAUAGCAUAGUUGGUUGAGACACUAUGCUACAAGCUGAAAUGUCACGGGUUUGAGUCCCAAUGAGGUGGA